UCCCAUUCCACGUUGAACGCGUUAAUUGCUACAUUCGCAUAUUCAUUUGCAUUUGCAUUUGCAUAGUCCUCACGCUACCAACACUCUGCUCUCUCCUUAAUUACAUCCAGGUUCAUCCACCAUCGCUUCUUUAUCUACCUUUCUUUCUUCUUUUCAUAUCUCAUAAUUCAUAAUUCCUUCUCUUUACCUUUCUUCACUCUUCUCUAUCUGCUCUGCUCUGCUCUACUCCCAUGUAUUCUCUUUCUACCUCAACACAUUCCUCAUCGUCAUUCCCCUGUUCCUCUGUUUCAUUCCCCUGUUCUCUCUGUUCCUGUAGUAGUUGUUGUUGUUGUUGCUGCUGUACCGACCCAUAACCUCAAUUCCGCUCAAAGUGCAAACUUUUCCCCUUUCCAAUUUCGGGUCAACCCAUGGACUCUCAUCCGGGUCUAUCUCUCGGGCUGAGCGCCCCUCUCUCGUCACCGGCAGCAACACUCUGUGAUUCCUCUGUUCCGUGGCGGAUAUUCAAUGAACGACGCGCCAAAGAAGAAGAAGAAGAAGAAGAGGAAGAAGAAGGGAGCGAAACGAUCAACUUCAUGGACCAGCGCGUGAAGAGGAAGGCAGAGGGUCACCAACACUCGUGUUUCCCUUCGAAGCGCGUGGCGGUGGAUUCCGCAGUGGGGUGGUGGAACCAGCCACUGGGCGUGGCGGACCCCGAGAUUUUCGACAUCAUGGAGAAGGAAAAACGGAGACAGUUCAAGGGAAUUGAAUUGAUCGCUUCGGAGAAUUUCGUGUGCAGGGCAGUGAUGGAAGCUUUGGGGAGCCAUUUGUGCAACAAGUACUCUGAGGGAAUGCCUGGUGCGAAAUACUACACGGGUAAUCAGCACAUUGAUGAGAUUGAGUUUCUGUGUUGCCAGCGUGCGUUGGUGGCGUUUGAUCUUCACCCUGGCAAUUGGGGUGUUAAUGUUCAACCGUAUUCUUGUACUUCUGCUAACUUUGCUGUGUACACUGGGAUUUUGCAUCCCGGGGAUAGGAUAAUGGGUUUGGAUUCGCCUUCUGGGGGGCAUUUGAGUCAUGGUUAUUAUACCCUUGGGGGGAAGAAGGUUUCUGCGGCCUCUAUUUUCUUUGAGACUUUGCCCUAUAAGGUGAAUCCGCAGACUGGUUAUAUUGACUAUGAUAAGCUUGAGGAGAAAGCCUUGGAUUUUAGGCCCAAGAUACUUAUUUGUGGGGGGAGUUCGUACCCCAGGGAGUGGGAUUAUGCCAGGUUCAGGCAGGUUGCUGAUAAGUGUGGAGCCGUGUUGAUGUGUGACAUGGCUCAUAUCAGUGGUCUUGUGGCGGCUAAGGAAGUAGCUAGUCCGUUUGACUACUGUGAUAUUGUUACCUCAACCACCCACAAAAGUCUCCGAGGUCCAAGGGGAGGCAUCAUCUUCUAUAGAAGGGGGGCAAAACCAAGGAGGCAAGGUUUCGUCCAUAAUUAUGGAGAUGACAGUAAUUAUGAUUUUGAGGAGAAAAUAAACUUUGCUUUGUAUCCAUCAUUACAAGGAGGCCCCCACAAUAAUCAUAUUGCUGCACUUGCCAUUGCUUUUAAACAAGUUGCAACUCCAGAGUACAAAGCAUACAUGCAGCAGGUGAAGAGAAAUGCACAGGCAUUAGCCUCUGCCUUGUCGAGAAAAAAUUGCAGAUUAGUCACUGGUGGGACUGACAAUCAUCUGUUGCUAUGGGAUCUAACAGCACGUGGCUUAAUUGACAGAAACUAUGAGAAGGUCUGCGAGGCGUGUCACAUCACUCUCAAUAAAUGUGCCAUUUAUGGUUCGAUUUCUCCUGGAGGAGUGAGAAUUGGUACUCCCGCAAUGACAUCAAGAGGCUGUUUAGAGGAAGACUUUGAGACCAUAGCUGAUUUUCUUCUGAGGGCAGCUCAGAUUACCGGCAAGGUUCAAAGGGAACAUGGGAAAUCAUACAAAGAUUUUCUCAAGGGCCUUCAGAAUAAUAAAGAAAUUUCUGAUCUCAGAAAUCGGGUUGAGACAUUCAGCACCCAGUUUGCAAUGCCAGGAUUCGAUAUUUGAUUUUGAUGUGUAAACACACUUAUUGCAUCAUUAUUUUUUUUAUAGGUUUUUUCCCCUUGCUCUUACUAGUUAGUUAGCUUAUGUAAAUAACAUAUGGAAAUGGAAAUCAAAUCGUCAUGCAGCCGCUACACAUCACAGUUAGCAAUGUCCCUCUUCUUCAACCACAACUUUAGUUGUGGCUACCUUUCUUUUAUUAUGAAGAAAUUGUCGUGAUAGAAAACGCAUGAAAAGAAAUGUUACUAAACCACGUUAAUUGAAUUAUUUUACAGUCUGUUAUUGGA